AUGUCAAAUCAUGGAACUAAUGUUGAUGAAUUUUUUAAAAAUUAUGAACCUGAAGUAAAAAAAUUAAGAUAUGAUGAGAAAGGUAAAAUAAAUAGUGAAAACUCAAGUACAGAUAAAAUUUUAUCAGCAUUGGAGGCUGAUGAUAGUGAAUUAGUUAAUAUUGAUGAUUCAGAUGUUAGGAAAAUGUUUUUAUUGGUUGAAAAAAAUUUUCUUAAAAAUCAAGAAUUAAGAAUUAAACAUAAAAAUGAUCCAUUAAAAUUUCUUGAUUCUGAGGUUGAAUUAAAUACAUCUAUUCAAGAAUUAAAUUGUUUGGUUACAGAAACACAUUUGUAUCCUAUUAUUGUUGAAGUAAAAGGCACAGAAAUGUUAAUUCAAUUAAUGACUCAUGAAAAUUUAGAUAUUGUAAUAACGGUUAUAUUUUUGUUACAAGAAUUGACUCCAAAUUCAGAAGAAACUUGUGAAGAUGAGGAAUCUGUUGAUAUUUUGUUGAAUUCUUUGGUUGAGCACAAAUUAAUUGAAGCUUUAGUGAAACAGGGGUUGGAACGUUUAGAUGAAAAUAAAGAAGAGGAAUCUGAAGCAAUUAAUAAUAUAUUAACAAUAGUCGAAAAUUUGUUAUCUUUUAAUCCAACUUUUGCUUUAAAUUUUGUUAAUGAAGGAUUUUUUUUAUGGAUUUUACAGAGAGUAACAAAAAAAGGUGAAAAUACUGGUAACAUAUUUUAUAUGGCACAAUUGCUUGCACAACUACUACAAAUUUCUUCUGAAGCUAGAAUGGCAAUUACAGAUAAUCUUAAUGGAAUUGAAGCAUUACUAAUAAAAUUGUCUACUUACAGAAAGAGAGAUCCUGUUGGAAGUGAUGAGUUAGAAUUUAUGGAAAAUUUGUUUGAUUGUUUAUGUGCUUCAUUUUUAUAUGCACCAAAUAGGACAACAUUUGUAAAUGAUGAGGGACUUCAGUUGAUGAAUUUAAUGUUAAGAGAAAAAAAACUUUGCCGUCAAAGUGCAUUAAAAGUUUUGGCUCACGCUACAACAUCAGAAGAGGGGAAAUUUGUUUGUGAAAAUUUUAUCAAAGCAUGUGGUCUAUCAACAUUAUUAAAUUUAUUUAUGCGCACUCCACCAAAAAAGAAAAGAAAAGAUACAAAUGCCGAAGAACAUGAAGAGUUUGUCACUUCAAUUUUAGAUGCUUUACUUAGAUAUACUAAAAAUGAUGAAAGGUUAAAAAUUUUUGAGAGAUUCAAUGAAAAUAAUUGUGAAAAAAUUGAUCGUUGUGUUGAGUUAUUUGUAAAAUAUCAAGAAAAAAUUAAUAAAUAUGAUGAGAAGAGAAAGAAAAUCUUGUUAAAACUUGGUAAUGAUCAAGUUAUUGAAGAUCAAGAUCAAUUAAAUACAAAACGUCUUGAUCAAGGUUUAUUUACUCUUCAACAGGUAACUUUAAUACUAGCAGAUACCUGUGCAUAUGGUUCAAUAGAGUGUUCCAAAAGAGUAAGCAAAUUAUUUCAAAUGAGAUUUAAAAAUAAAAAGAUUUCCCAAAGACUUGUACCAAUACUUGAGGAGUAUUCAGAAAUUUUAGGAGAAGGCAGUGAAACUGAAAGAUUGAGAAUCAACCAAAUAAUGUCAAGACUGUCUAAAGUUGAAAAAGAAAUAGACAUCUAA